GAAAAUGUGCGUGUCUAGGGAUACGACAACGCAAAUCUGACAUUGAUUUCGCUGUAAUGCGUAAUUCACUGGCGUAGCCCCUGUUAUUUGAGUAAUUUGAGCACUGUACGCUAUUUUGAAUAAUAUUAAAAAAUCCUUUGACAUGUGUCUUUUAAAUCGCAUUUCAUAUAUUCUACAGUGCUAUUUAUUAUAGUUAUCUAUUUAUCGCUAUGGAUGAAACAUGCGAAAAAUUAUUUUGCAAUACACUGACAGCAGAAGAACUACUACGUAGCAAAGGUAUCAGGGGUAACAUAUUAGAAGAAUUAGAAAGAUCUUUGAAAGUUUUGCCCAAGAGUGGAAAGAAGCAUUUUGAGCCUAAUAACUCUUGGCUUCAAAAUGUUCAGAUUGAAAAAGGACUUAAAAAUCGUAGAGAUUUAUUAAAUAUUGAAAGAGUUGAACGUAUCUCGGAAUUAGCCAGUGCUGAAUGGAUACCGUCCCAAAAGAAAGCUCUUGUUACUAAAAGAUCUGGCCAAGAAUGGAACAAUUUUGGCUUGGAAAAAAAUGGUUCCCUAUAUUUAUUGCCAGAAGAAACAUUAUUUCUCAUAGAGACAAAUUGUCUUGAACUCAUUUGGAACGGUGUACCAUGUUCGAUUCAACAAGCAUAUGAAAUCUUGAUUGAUGACUCAGUAUGUACUUUGGAUGAAUAUAGAGUUUAUAGUCAAUUAACACGUUAUGGCUAUCGUAUACAACGUUAUUUUUAUGAAGAGCCGGAAAAGUGCUAUAGAUCAGACGAGUUUGUUAAACGGAAAAUUAUUGUUGAUCCUGAAAGUGGACUGAGAAUAUCUGAUAAUCAGAAUCAUCAAAGCAUAGAAAAAUCAAAAGAAACUUUGAUAAAAGAUAUGACAAAAACAUUAAAUAAAUCAUUUGUUGAUGCUAAUGCAAAAGAUGAAGAAAAUAUUAUAGCAGAAGAGCCUGUAGAUCAAAUAGUACAAGAUGUAAUGGUCCAUCUUUUAUCUAAUAUAGAAGAUCAGAAAAGUGUAAAUAACUCGGAUAUAUUUGAAUUAAUGGAAAGUGACACGACACAAGACAAUAUAAAUAUCGAAGAUAAAAGUCGAAAUUCUAAACCAGAAAUAAUUUCUGAUGAAACUUUGCUAGGCAAUAUCAAAAUCCUCAGAGAUACAACAUGUAACUCGAAGAAAACUGUUAAAGUAUCAAAAUGGCCGGGUGCUCGUAUUCAACGUAAUGUUAAGCAGUUGCCUAAAAGAAAUGAUAAAAUAUUAUCUCCUGAGAUUUCUGUAAUUGAUUCUGGCUUCAAAAAUGAAAAUUCUAAAGCGGAGAAGCGAAAAUUAACGCAAAUUGAUGAGUUGUCGAAUAUGAAAAAGUCAAAGCAUGAGGUAAUUGAGUUGUCUGAUGAUGAGAUCCAAGAAUUACCACACUGUAUGACAAGAAUGGAAAUGUUGAACUUGUUACCAAAUAUUGCAUUUCAAUCGGAUAUUACAGAGAAAAUUCCCAGACGAUAUAUACCACAUAAUAUAAGACCUCAGAAGAACGCUUAUCAGUAUAAUCGAACGAAAAUUUUACACAUGCAAGAAAAUGACAAAAGAGCAAGACAGAAUUGCAAGGAUACUAGGACAAACGCGAGGCAAAAUACGUCGCAUUUGAGGAGUCUUGUUGCCGUCAAUAAUAGAAACACUUUUUUCCAUAAUCAACAUUCACGAUCGACUUUGUGCGGUCCGUCACGAUCCUUCAAUCCCAUGCAUCACAUACAUGGGACGAACAUUGGUUUGCCUUAUGCGUAUAGAUUUUCCUUUAAUUACAGUCCAGAUGUUUACGUGCAGAAUAGAACGCAGAACGUAUUUCACAAUUUGUUUGUCGCCUUUGGAAAUAACGGAAACGGCGUUCAGCAAAGUAGAAGUCUGACUAUACAGAUGAAUAAUUUCGCAAUGCCAUUCACACACAUGGAGGGAUAUCGAAUGAGACAUUUCUUCGCGGAAAAUCAAUUCCAUGGUUUUUAUCAGAAUUUUUCGUGGCAGCAGAGAUUUUGUCAACGAAGAAUGUUAGAGAAUGCAUCGAUGCAUAAUAAUAUGCAUCCCGUUAUGAGACGAUACGAUGACCCCAAUAGGAGCAAUUAUGUCGGUCAUGAAAUCGUUAAUCGUCCUUCCUUUACCACUCGUUCAGGAGGUAGUUCAUGGGUAGAACUGAAAAAAAGAUGGUCUGAGGAGAAAACUAUUACGAUUGAUGAUGAAGAUUGUAAAAAUACGAAUGAAGAUGACGAAGAAUGCCACGAAGUGCAAGUCAUAAAGCUUAUCAAUCCAUUGAUCGGUCCGAGAAAUGUGGUCUCAUUGGCGGAGAUCUUCAACAAACUCGCUAUAAUAAAACCAGCACCAGAAAGGAUUGUUAGAAGGAAAAAGAACAGACAUAAAAUAUCAUACAAUGUGUACUCCUGUACUCAUCAUUAUAGAAAGGCGAAUCCCGGUCAACCAUUGUACAGCUUAGUAGUGAUAAGGAAAGAAGACCCGUUACUCCAACCCGUCGAAUUGAAUCGCCUACAGCAGGAUGCAAAAGGUUCUCAGAUAAUAUUAGCAUACGUGUCAAUGUCGAUAUCGUACAUUCAACCAGGUAUCAUAACAUUGCCAAAUUUAAUUUGCACCUGAGUAUUUCUCACUGGUUGCAAUUAUUUUGGAGCAAAUGAGAGGCGGCGUCUAUCUCCCUAAUCAAAGAUUGCUUUGUAAAAUCCACAAAUUUUAUUUUAUUGUAAUAAAUUUUUGCAUACUUAUAAAG